AUGGGCUCUACGGAUCUGGAAGCCCUUCAAAAUUCAGAUACAGUCAAUUGCCAGGGCAGCAAUGCAGAAAGCAGUGGGAAACUGCCCGUCGCCCACCUGACGCAUCUCAGCGGAUGGAAACUAUGGAUCACGAUCUUCUGCCUCUGUCUCGGGCUUCUUUUGUCUGCCCUCGAGACUAGUAUUAUUGCUACAUCACUGGUCUCGAUCACGUCAACCUUCUUGGUCAUUUUCGCUCGAAUGAGUGACCUGUUUGGCCGGAAACCGACCUUGAUUUCUGCGCUCAGUUUGUUCACGACCUUUUCCCUCGCCUGCGGACUGGCGCGUUCAAUGGAGAUGCUUAUCAUUUUCCGCGCUUUCCAGGGCAUCGGCGGGGCAGGACUAUACAGUCUUGCUAUUUCCGUAAUCGCAGAAGUGACUCCAAUACAGCACGCUGGUUUAGCAGUUGGAAUGAUGAGCUCUGUAUUUGCGGUGGCCAGCUUAUUGGGUCCCAUCCUGGGGGGUGCUAUCACCAGUCAUACCACCUGGAGAUGGGUAUUUUACCUCAACCUUCCCCCGGGAGUCAUCAUCUCGAUCCUUGUCAUAGCCUUCUUUCCUCGCAAUGCAGGACCGCUGCCAAUAACAUGGACAACCAUCCAGGGUAUUGAUUUUAUCGGGAUUGCCGCCUCUCUGGCCGGGUCUGUUCUGCUAAUCUUUGCGCUUGAAUCGGGAGGAACCUUUUACGCAUGGAACAGUGGCACCGUUGUGGCAUGUUUUGUUGUCGCGGCGCUCUGCUUCAUUGGAUUCGGGCUUGCAAUUCUGACGGCCUUUCUAACCGGGUUUCCCUUCAUGAUGACCCUCAUCUUUCUUCCGCAGCGAUUGCAGCUACAGAAUGGGCUCAGUCCGGUCCAAGCCGGUGUAGACAUGUUAGCGCUGCUCUUGCUAUCAGCAUUUGGCUCCUUCCUGGCUGGCAUGCUUAUCAGUAUAUUUGGGAUUGGCUGGCAUGUCCUGGUCGCAUCACUUUUCUUGCAGAUCAUUGGGCUAAGCUUGAUGACGACGCUCCCUACCACGUCCGGUCCAGUCCCAUCUGCGCAGUUUGGGUACCAGGUGAUCCUGGGACUGGGUUUUGGCCUGGCACUUAGUAGCCUGGCUAUGACCGCGCGUGUCGGUAUGAAGGAGCAGGACAUCAGUAUCUGCAUGGGUUCCAUCACUCAAGUUCGUGUCCUCGGGGGCGUGAUCGGUAUUGCCCUCGGGCAAGCAAUCACCACAUCACGUUUGAAGUCCGAACUACUCCCUGUAAUUGGGGCCAGCAAACUGACCGAAUUACUGAGCUCCACUGAGGCCGUCAAGGCCUUCCCAGCGGCAGAAGCAGCGCUAGUGAAAGAAUGCUACGGACGGGCCUUUGCGCUCCAAGAUAAAAUCAUGAUCGCAUUUACUGCGGUCAGCGUGAUAGCCAUGAUGGGAGCAUAUGUCAAGGACACCCGGUCACCCAAGGAUCAAGCUGCGCAACAAUCGCACUCAUCGUCGAUGGAAAGUGCAAUUAUCAGCUCGAGCCCUCCGCGGAUCGAGAUGAGUUUGGGAAAUCCUACCGAGGCCAGUCUGUCACAAGAAUUCGAGAAGGCUACGAUAGGGACGUUCAUUUGGGGCAAAAGGCUAAGCCAGGCGAGCACCCCGAGGGAGCCCCAGACGGGCUCGUCCAUGUGGAGUACAAUAUUUAGUCCUCGUGGACCGCAGAUCGGGAUGGCUUUUGGAAAUUAUACGGAGGACAGUUUAACAUCACAAUUUGAGCGGGCGACGAGGCAUUUUGUAUGA